AUAGUCUAUGCGGAGCGGCCUCUAACUGACAACAACAGAUCUUUGGCUUCCUAUGGCUUGAAAGAUGGGGACGUGGUGAUUUUGCGACAGAAAGAGACCGUAGAGCCACGGCCCUCCAUCCGUUUCCCAGGUCUGCCGAGGAUAGACUUCAGCAGCAUCGCUGUUCCUGGGACAUCCACUCAGCAGCAUCAGCCACCAGCACAGCGUCUUCGCCCGUCGCCUCCCGAUGCACCUUCGUUCCCUCAGGGUUUGGACAAUCCGGCGCUGCUACGGGAGAUGCUGCUUGCGAAUCCCCACGAGCUGUCCCUGCUGAAGGAGCGCAAUCCGCCCUUGGCGGAGGCGUUGCUCAGUGGAGACCUCGAGAAAUUCACCAGGGUGUUGCUGGAGCAGCAGCAGGACCGAGCCCGGCGGGAGCAGGAGAGGAUCCGGCUCUACUCAGCUGACCCUUUUGAUCUGGAGGCACAGGCCAAGAUAGAAGAAGACAUAAGGCAACAAAACAUUGAAGAAAAUAUGACGAUAGCAAUGGAAGAGGCCCCCGAGAGUUUUGGCCAGGUGGUGAUGCUGUAUAUUAACUGCAAAGUCAAUGGACAUCCAGUGAAAGCCUUUGUUGACUCAGGUGCCCAGAUGACCAUCAUGAGCCAAGCUUGUGCUGAAAGGUGCAACAUAAUGAGGCUGGUAGAUCGGCGAUGGGCUGGCAUUGCUAAAGGUGUAGGGACGCAGAAAAUAAUUGGCAGAGUGCACUUAGCUCAGGUCCAGAUUGAAGGGGAUUUCCUGGCGUGCUCCUUCUCAAUCCUUGAAGAGCAGCCCAUGGACAUGCUUCUAGGACUGGAUAUGCUGAAGAGGCAUCAGUGUUCGAUUGAUCUCAAGAAGAAUGUACUAGUGAUCGGCACGACUGGCUCGCAGACCACUUUCCUCCCGGAGGGCGAGCUCCCAGAGUGUGCCCGGCUAGCCUAUGGGGCCGGGCGGGAAGACAUGCGGCCGGAGGAGAUUGCAGACCAGGAACUAGCAGAAGCAAUACAGAAGUCCGUAGAGGAAGCAGCUGCUGCUAGAUGGUACCAGGAAAACCAAGUGAAAGAACAGAAAACUGGAGAGGGAGAGAACAUAAUGUGGGACCGAGGAAGCUCAGCUCCCCGCAAGGCCUGUGUUCUUUUAUAA